AUGGGUAAUGAGGAUUCUCAGUAUAAAAAUCCGGUGGAUGAGGGAAAAAGUGAUUCCGCACAGGCAUCUAAAGACCCCUUGCUUGAUAUCAGCACGACUAGACGAGCCGACAUGACAUCAAGCUCACUCUGGUCCAAUGCGGAUGGAGAUCCAUCUCAGCGCCUCUCAACGUUUGGGCAACCACGACGCAAUUCAUUUGAGCUGCAAGGUAAAUUAGAAUAUUUAUUCUGCCUCCUCUAUGCUCACUUGAUUCUUUUCUUUCACAAAGACCGAAUUAUAGCUCUUUUUAUUACUACAUAA